AUAUUAAAAAAACAAUAUAUUUUUUCAUCAGUUUCCACUUGCACUCUGUUCUUCUGAAGAAAUCUCGAGAGCAGUAAAUUCUCACUUAAAACCCCCAGUUUUAAGUGUGCUUUAGCGUAGAUUGCUUGUUCAGUAAACUGGGGUUUUUUUUUUCAACAUAAAGUUCACAAAUUUCUUUACUUUUUGUUUCAACUUUGCUGUGUUUUCAAUCAAAGCAUCAAAAUCCAUUAGCGAUGAGUUCGUGUUGGAAUGAUGGUUGGGAUGAUGAAUGCUCGGUCAUAAGUGAUAAAGGCGAGAUCGGAUUUAUUGAUUUUGCUGAUGAUAAGUCUGUUCAAAGUUAUGACAUAAAUGAAGGGGAUCCGGUUAUUAUCUCAGUUCCCUUUCCUUUCAGUCAAGGGAAGCCUCAAUCCAUUCUUGUUGGACAAACUUCGAAGUGGCCGAUUACAUUAGAGAACACCACCGAUGAGCCAGUAGAACUCUGGGGAGUGAGGAUAUUCUGCUCAAAUCCGGCAGAUUCGUUUACUUUGUCUCUAAUGGAACCGCCUUCAGCUGAUUCACAGUCAGAAAAUAGGCAAGGGUUCUUAGAGGGAUACUCUCUCGAGGAUCGAGUACUUCAAUCCCGACAGACACUUACCAUUUGGCUCUCUUGCAAACCGAAUGACAUGGGUUUGCACACAACUGUAGUACACUUCGAUGUAGAUGAUAAUAGGAUUGAACGAGUAGUCUUUCUAUUGGCUGAAGAUAACAUCUCGCAGUCUCUGGCUUCUACUAUGCCUUAUAGGAGAGCUCCAAGAAGAAGAAACCAAUUUGCUGUUGAUGAGUAUGUUGUUUCCUCUCGCCCAGCUAAGCCAACAAAACGAGGAUACAAAUGCAAGAUUGCUGAAUAUCCGAUCCCGAAAAAUAUCAGGGAGUUAAUAGAGAAUAAACAUAUGCCUGAUAUUCUUGCAGAAGGUUUGACAAAGGAGAAUUAUGCUGCUUUCUUCAGUACAUUGCUUGUAAUGGAAGAACUGCAUUUAGAGGAAGAAAUGAGGGCUCAUAACAUGGAAUGUGUCAUGAUGAGGACGAAAGGACGGCAAUUUGUAGCUCUCGAGGUCCCUGGAUUAGCUGAGAGGAGGCCUUCACUCGUACAUGGUGAUUUUAUUUUUGCAAAGAUUGCCUCCGACAAUUCAGAUUGUCGCGUAUAUCAGGGCUACAUCUAUCGUGUUGAAGCUGAUGAAGUGCUCUUGAGAUUUGCAGAAGAAUUUCACACCCUUCACCGGGACAGAAACUUAUACAAUGUUCACUUUACAUAUAACCGGGUUGGCAUGAGGAGGUUGUACCAAGCUAUUGAAGCAGCACAGUCUUUACAAGACAAUCUUCUCUUUCCAUCGGAAUUGAACAAAAGGAUGUUGGUUAAAAGUCCUCCGAUUGUGUCUUGUUCCGGUUCUCUGAAUGAGGAACAGAUGCAUUCCGUCGAGAUGAUACUUGCUUGCAAAGGAGCUCCUCCCUAUGUGAUCUAUGGCCCUCCUGGCACUGGUAAAACCAAGACUUUGGUUGAAGCAAUUCUACAGAUAUAUACUAGAAGGAAAAAUGGUCGGAUUCUUGUAUGUGCAGCUUCAAAUAGUGCUGCAGACCACAUAUUAGAAAGACUUAUCAGUAAUGAGAACGUGGAGGUUAAAGAGAGUCAAAUAUUUAGGCUAAACGCCACUAGUCGCUCCUAUGAGGAUGUUCCACCAGAUUAUAUUCGCUUUACCUACUUCGAACUGUCCGUUUUCAAGUGUCCACCACUGGAAGCUCUCAAGCGUUAUAGAAUCAUCAUAUCAACUUAUACGAGUUCAACUUUACUUUAUGCAGAAGGGGUGAAUCGUGGUCAUUUCUCCCACAUUUUCCUUGAUGAGGCUGGCCAAGCCUCGGAACCAGAAAGCAUGGUUCCUAUAGCUAACUUUAGCAGAAGGGAAACAGUUGUUGUCCUUGCUGGAGAUCCAAAGCAGCUUGGUCCUGUAGUAUUCUCGAAAGAUGCGGAGUCUCUUGGAUUGGGAAAAUCCUAUCUCGAAAGGCUUUUCGAGUGUGAAGCCUACUGCAAUGAAGAUAACAAUUAUGUAACGAAGUUGGUUAGGAAUUACCGUUGUCAUCCGGCAAUUCUAGAUCUCCCUUCAAGGCUUUUCUACAAAGGCGAGUUGAUUGCAUGUAAAGAAGAAGAUUCUUCCUCGAUAAUGUCAAAUGUCGAUUUCUUUCCAAAUAAGGAAUUUCCAGUCCUAUUCUUCGGCAUUCAAGGAUGUGAUGAGAGAGAAGGCAAUAAUCCAUCAUGGUUUAACCGAAUCGAAGCAAGCAAAGUCGUUGACAUCAUCAAUAAGUUAAGAGCAAGUACUGAUCUAAACGAGUCGGAUAUUGGAGUAAUAACACCGUACCGUCAGCAGGUCCUCAAGAUCAAGAAAGUGCUCGAAACCUGGGACUUGAUAGAUGUAAAAGUUGGCAGUGUUGAACAAUUUCAAGGCCAAGAAAGGGAGGUCAUUAUUGUAUCUACGGUGAGAUCGACAAUCAAACAUAAUGAUUUCGAUAGAACUUACUGUCUGGGUUUUCUCAGUAAUCCGAAAAGGUUCAAUGUUGCAAUCACCCGGGCUAAAUCGUUGCUCGUCAUUAUCGGAAAUCCACACAUCGUUUGUAAGGAUCCUUAUUGGGAAAAGCUCUUAUGGCAUUGUCACGAAAACAACUCGUAUCAGGGCUGCCCUCCACCGGAAAGGAUGAACGAAGGAUUCGAAGAACCGUUUCCCGGGACCAGCAUAAGUAAUGAAGUAGAAGAUCCAAGUUGGGAUGAAGGGACAUGGAAUUGUUAGUAUGAAGCAGAAGCUAGUCUCAAAUAUGUUGCUAGGACUUUCUUCUUCUUCUUGAAUACUAUGUAAUCAGACAUAUAUAAACCUUCCAAGGGGAAGCUUAGAAGGAAUGAAAAUAACUAUUUUGGUCGCA